AUGAUUCUCAGGGAACUUCCAUUCGUUAAAUGCUCAAAGGAGCCAUCAGUGUAUCGAAGGUGUAUAAAACGGCAUCUUCUAGUCGACGCCUUCUAUGUUGACGACUUGUUUAUCACGGGAUCAAACGUACUUCACAUCAACGAGUUCAAACGAGAGAUGUCAGCUGAAUUCGAGAUGAGUGAUCUUGGGAGAUUGACAUACUAUCUUGGGAUUGAAGUUAUUCAGCAUCAAGGAGGAAUUACUCUGAGUCAAAAGAGUUAUGCAAUAAAGAUACUAGAAGAAGCAGGAAUGACAAGCUGUAACUUAGCACACACGCCUAUGGACUCUGGUUUGAAACUAUCGAAGUCAGAAGAGGAGAGGUCUAUUGAUGCAACAAUUUAUCGAAGGAAUAUCGGCUGCUUAAGUUACCUACUACACACACGCCUAGACUUGUCUUAUUGUGUUGGGGUACUCAGCCGGUAUAUGCAAGAUCUCAAAGAGUCUCAUGGAGCAGCCAUGAAACAAUGUUUGCGAUAUUUUCAAGGUACUGUGGGGUAUGGUCUAACGUUUGGGAACACUAUCGAAAGGACUACACGACUUGUUGGUUACAGUGACUCGAGUCACAAUGUCGAUCAAGAUGACGGCAAAAGUACAAUCAUAUACCAUGAAUUUGACUCGAUUUUAGCCAUGGUAUAUAAGGAGUUUUAG